AUAAGCUGGAGGGAUAAGGGAAACAUUUUGCUGGACCUAUUUUGUUCGUUAAAUAUGAAAUUUAAAUUUCUAUACGCAGUAAAUUUACUGCUCUUUCUUGAAUUUGUAGGGACGGAUUUGACUGUGUCUGGAAUCCAGUCGAUUGCAGAUUGCCCAGAGAAUGGCUAUGAUGGUCGUGGUAACUGGACAGUUAGUGACCGUAGGUGCAUUCUGAAGUGUUACCAGGGAUACACACCAGACGCCUGUCACGUGUUACGUCGUCAAGGAGAUCACUGGAACUAUGAAAAGAUACCACAUUGCGUCAAAGAACCAAGCGGGAGUGAAGCAUCGAGACCUUGGUUGGAUGCCGCUGCUGCAUCCCUUGCAGCUUCCGCGGGCGAAGCUGCUGGAUUCUCAGCUGUAGGGCUACAGGGUGUCCAAGAGUACGCCGGAAGUGCUUUCCAGCUAGCGCAUAGUGUAGUGGAAUUUGUUCCCGAGCGGUUUAGUUUGAACGCGUUGCCACUUGAUCCUCGAUUGCCAGAGAUUAUUCACGUUCCUCCUAUACAAGAAACGUCUGAUCUGGAUGUUGAUUUACCAGAACCAAACCUGUGUCAUUGUCAGCAUUGA